AUCUAAGUAAAUUAUGGGCGUGAAGUGGAACUGACUGAUUCCAAAGUUUGGGCUUUCCACUUUCCGUCCCUGAUCUGAAGCUUCGACUUCUGGUUGUGGUUGAUACCGUUAUUUACGCUUGUAUUUGCGGCCGCUCCCUUGUUAACGACAAUUGGCGCCAAGCAGCUAUAUUUCUUCGCAGCUUUCUUUUUCUUCAUUUCCUAUGAACACCGCUGUCUCUCUUAUGCUUUAAAAGACUUUCCCAUUCCAGAGUUGCGGCUUCUGCAGACGACACAUACCGGAAGAAAACUCUGUAGGCCAGUACCAAGGCGUUACGCGCCGGUGCCUCAAACGGACAUUUCCAUAUUUCCUUGUCUCGCCCGUGUCCGCACAUGUCUUUCGCUCUCUCUCCUCUCUUCCUGUCCUCCUUGUCGUUUUUCAUCUCCGGUUUACCCCGUUUUUUUCUGUCUUAGAAUUUUCACGCUCAAGUACGGAGAAGUGUAUCCGCAAAGCAGCAACUGGGAAAACACAGAUCUCUUCACACGUUGUCAAAUCGUAAACACCUCCAAGAAUGCCCACACAAAUAGAGCGUUCUGCCAGCAGAGCGUGAACCUUCCUGUAUUUCAUCUGUCUUCACUGCAACGGGCCGUUGCCCUCUAUGUCUGGUUUCGUUCGGCGUCCACGGUCUUCUUGGGGGUCAUAAAGAAAAAAUACAUCUCUUUCUUCGUCGGUCACCUUUUUGAGUGCGACAUGCGUAAUGUAGACCGUCUCCAGAGGACCGAACAAAACAAGAAAUUCCGCCCGAUGAAGUUUAUGUCCCCAGCAAGAGACGGACGUGGUCCAAACGAGCCCAAGGGGAUCAAACAAGUGAGCAUAUCUCUUUUCCUCAGGUGUCAAAUCGCUUAGAAGCCAGAGAUAGGGUGGCAUUUUCUAUCUUUGCGACACAAUGACGCAUGCAGACGUAUCCGCCUGUCCAGCACGCUCCGAGGAAAAUGGACAACAAGCUCCAUCCGUCGAUCCUCCCGAGCACAGUGAGGCGGUGAGAGAGACCGGAGGAUCAGACACGCACCAGACGAGCCACGGCCACUGGAAACGAGAUUCCUCAGCUGAAAAUCUGUCGUCUAUCUCCUCGUCAUCUUCUUCGUUAUCUUACACUGCUUCGUCUUCCGCUUCUUCCUCCACUCCUUCCUACUCUUCCUCUUGGUCUUCGACCGAAACGGUGGCUCGUUCCGCAAGCGGUUCUCACUGUGGCGGAGAGAAGAUGCCUGCAUGCACUUUGAAGCUGAUAGGGAGUGAGGACACGGCUAUUGUCGUCGAGCUUGAGGUCGCGGAAGAAUGUCCGAUGUUUCGGCGCAUGCUAGCGAGUGCCGAAGAUGGAGCAGCGCUCUACAGAGAAGGUAAAACUCGAGAGCUGCGAUUUCCUUCGAUCCGCCACCGGGUCCUUCAGAAAAUCGUGGACUACCUCCGUUUCCGGAGACAGUGGAACCGCGAGGGAGGCCACAACGGCGCAUUCCAAGUUGAGAGCGACAUCGCCCUAGAGCUGAUGCUGGCAGCCAAUUUCCUGGGCUUGACAGAUGAGGAAGAAGCUAGCACCUGACAGAGAGGGGUCACGAAGCAUCUGUCCGAUACAGUACAUACACAAUGCGGGGCUAGAUAUAGUACGCGGUGCAGGUGGGAUAAAAACAGACCUUCAAGCCCGUAGAAAAACCUGUCACAGAGAUUAUUGUUACCAGCACGAUGAGCCGGUCAAACGGGCGUCAGAGUAGUAGUUUUCCCUCGCUUUUUGGCGCCGACAAAAGGUGGAAGGAGCGCAGAUCUGUGUUGGAGGGGCACCUGGAUGAACGCCAGAGGGUGAGAUUCGCACUGAAGCCGACACCGUCGAGUUUCUGAACGUAGAGAGAACAGAGUUGCCUCUGCGUACAUCCACAUCUAUUGAUGAGGUUCGGUGUGCUUUCUGAUGUUGGGACAUCUACAAAGGCUGUGGACUUAAGGUAUAUUGAGCAAAGGCCAUGCGCAUGUGUGUAAAUGAGCUGAAUUUUGUGAUAUCCGAGAAUCGCAUUUUGCGCUCCCUGAGCCAGUCGUGUUGUUUUCGGUCGGCCGUCGAACUAGGUUUUGGAUAGAGGAACUUUCGACUCGACAGCCGACGACUGGGGUCGGAUAAAGAAAGACCGUGUACUCUGUGUCUCGUCUUUCACCGAACUAGGCAAGCUUUCACUCAACGACGUCGAUAUGUCUCUCACCCUCUGAUGACGUAACUGGGGAAUUAGAUCAUUUUUAUGCAUGUAGAACUGGGCAUGCACUUCUGGGGUUUGUCGAGAUGUCUACCUGCAUGUGUAGUCGUCAAUCACUUUCUAGGUUGAUGUACUUGUGCAAAUACGUCUGUACUGUUUCCGUUGUCGUUCUCAACAAAUACGUAUUAUUGUACUGCGUAUAUAUAUAUAUAUAUAUAUUUAUUGAGAGAGGAAAAGAGAUGGGUGAAGCGUGGCUAUAAUCCGAGAGAGACGCAUUGCCGGUCGGCACUUGUGCGUCACAGGUUGUCGUCGGAUCGUGGCGUUGGGCUUGACGGAGAAACCUUUUGUUGCAAGGGUGCAGUUUUCCACAGACAAAACCUUUUCAACGUCGAGGGUGCAGAACCCUGACUUGAAUUUUCCCUUCAUAUGUGUCAAACAAGACCCUCGUAAGAUAAAGGGCACGCCCCCAAUGAUUUACUGAGUAUGACUGCAUGCUGGAGUGCGAGUUUUUUCACAUCUGUGAGAGCAGAGCCCAAACAAAGUAGUAGUGUUUGUCGUCACAGAUAAGCAGUACUGAGCAGAUGUUUGCUGUGUCAGUUCUUGUUAGCCAGCGCGAGUUAAUUACUUUUGAGGAGAUGAAUCUGUAGGCAAGUUGUAUCUUGUGGGAUUGAGAUUGUUUUUGU